AGUCUGAGAGUUGCGCGCGCAAAAUAGCGGCACGCACGACGCCGCGCAGACGCGUUCGGCGUCAUAACAAAAAACGAUUUGCGAAUCUAAACCUUAACUUUAAAAGAUUAAAGUUCAUUUUAGUAUUAACGAAAUUGUGUAUGAUAUUUUUUUAAAUAUUGGUUGGUGCCUUCGAGAUAUAUUUUCGAUUUUUCGACAUCUUCGAUAUUUUUGUGGUAUUUUUUUUACAUCUAAUCAAAGUGCAGUGAGCUGUGACAAGAGUUUUAUUUAGUUGAAUACGUGUAUAUUUAUUUUGGAUUUUAUUUGGCAUCUCCAAGGAAAACGCAGCGCGCAUCAAAUACAGUGUACCAAUGUUAGGGCAUUUGUAAUUCAAUAGUGUUUGUGUUGUGUGUUAUACGUAAAAACGCUUCAAGAUGAUGACCUUGUACAGAACUAUCAAGGGGACCAGCCUUUCCAGGAGAAAGAAACGGGAGAGAGAAAGCUUAGGCCCGUUCGAGGCAGUGACUGGAAGCGAAAUGGUGUCUAGACGUCGAAUAUUAUCGCGGUCACGCGACAACCUGUCGCAAACACUCACUCAGGAAGAGGAGGAAGACGUAUGGUAUCAAAAGGAUAAGCUUUAUAAGGAACAUAUACAGGAAGUGCUGGACAAAUGGACACAAAUCGACGACGAGAUAUGGGCGAAGGUGAUUGUUUUCGAGAAGAAUCGUCGCGUUGCCAAAGCGUAUGCGCGAGCGCCGGUGCUCACGAUUAAUGGGUCCGAUGACGGCUUUGACGGCAUGAGAAUUGGUCUAUGCGGCUUCGAUAAUCCACAUAGAGAUCAGAAGACGGAUGAAUUGAAAAGACACGUAGGACAGGGUGUCAAAAUCAAAAUGGACGACGCCGGUAAUAUACUCAUCAGACGCUACUCCAAGAGUAGCGUGUUUGUGAAGAGUACUGCAGCCUCUAGCAAUGAAGAGACGGCCAUCGGACAAGAUAUACUCAAACUGCCCGGAUAUUCGUUGGAGCAGGAAAAGAUUUUUAAGUUGUUCGACAUGAAGAAGUUCCAGUCAAACGUGAACCGGGAGUUGCGGCGCGCGUAUCCGGACCGAAGAAGGCUUGAGACCCAGUGUCUCAGUGCUGUAGCAUUUGUCAAGUCUGACAACGAACUCCUCGAGUGCCCCAUCUGGGUGCUGGUCAUCAACGUCGUCGCUAUGGACAUGCUGAAAUCCAAGCUCCCCCCAAUUCAAAGACCAAUGGACAUCAAGAACCGGCCCCGUAUUCCAAUUCCCGACGAGGAUCCGUACAGCAUCGCCAGUUCGAAUGUCAACGGCUCCGGGUCAAGCGGCAGUUCAGGAGGCUACGGACUCGGCAACGGUCACAACGGACACGGAGUCGUCGCGGCUACUAGGGAGCAGCUGAUGAUGCAGAUGGGUCAAAGGCGAGGAGAGAGACCACCUAAUCUACCGCCCAGGGAGAAUGGAUAUGGACCAGCUGAUAUUCCGAAGCCGGAUUAUGAUGACAUCGAGGCUAACGGUCGCGGUCCAGCGCAGUUUCCGAGAGGAAAAUCAGACAAAGGCAAAGAAAAGAAAUAUGACGACCCCUACUAUUGCGGGCUACGCGCCCGUGUGCCAAACUUCGUGAAGGCGAACGGAGCUAAAGUCCUCCCGACGAUGACGGAGCGGCUCACGCUGAAGGAGGUGCCGGUGCCGAGCAAGCGGUUCAGCGUGGCGCACCCCCACGGCGCCCCUUACCCCCCGCACCCGCACAUGCCCCCCGCUGCUCUCUGGCACGCGCGCUCCUACGAAAGCGGAAUCGACGGAGAUCAUUACGAUCCAUACGCGUUGUACGGGCGGCUUCCGGUGCCUGGUCGUGGCUUCCCUCCGCCUCCCGCGCCUCAUGCACGACACAUGUUCAUUGGAGAUUGGGAUUAAAGUGACCGACAACUUGACAACACGACUUGACCACAUUAGAUCAUAUGACGUUGGGAUAUUUUCACAUCGAAAUAUUAUAAAUACCAAAAUCAAAACGUAAAAAUCUUGGAAACAUGACGAUUUAAAAUUGUUUUUUCACGCGACAAAACGAUUUUAAAUUACUAUGGUUUAAUUUUUAGAUAAUUUCGACAAUGACUAAAGACUGAAGUCUUAAAUAUUAAUAUGUUUUUCAACGACGCUGUCGUGUGUGGUUGAUGUGGCGAUAUCUCAAAAGUAAUGCGUAUUGUAAAUAAUAAUCAAUCUUGUAAGUAGUACGUUUUGUAAUGAAUAAAUAAUUCAACGUUGGAAAUUUGUUUUUACUGUAUACAAUAAUUGUAAUUGAAACGAAAUCUUGCAAUGAGGAGAUUUUAUUUUCAAUUUGCACAUACAUCUCUUAUAAUGUGUAUUUAAUAUGUUAACCUAGUUUACUAAGUUUAAACCUUAAGUUAACUAUCACUGCCAAGUUAUUUAACGAAUUCGUGUGAAACAGCAUCACAUUUUUAAAUAAAUAAUUUCAUAAGUUGUGUCAAUCCUAGUCAAUACAGGGUUGGGAAUAAUUUUAGAUGUAAUUUUUAGAUUUUUAAUAAAAACCUAGCUUUUUUACAUUUGUAUCGUUUUUGUACUAAUUAUACAAUUAUUUAUAUUGAAAAUACUUUGCAAAAAACAAAUGUAACAAUUAAACUGCAUUUUUCUCAAAUAAAUUAUUAUGCAUUUCUUUUUUACAUUAUUUGGUUCAAUUGAAUACGAUAUUUAUAUAUUAUAUACUUGAAACCACUAAAAUAUUAAGUAUAAUUUUUUUGGCUUGUGUAUAUUCCCUUUUGUAAGAAUCAAAAACAUUUUAAUAUAUCUUCUUUUAAGUAAGUUCUUUUGUAAAUAAACUAAUUUUCGUUUUAAAUUUUUAAGAUUGUAUUCAUUCCUAAUAUCUCCUUCAAUACUCAAUUAUUAAUUUUUAAUUCAUAAUUUACAAUGUAGUUGAAGACGAUGUUAAAUAAUUUAUUAUUGUCACAAUUACCUUAAUUAGUUUUAAAUUUGUAUACAGUUUUAGUUUAUUAUCUAUAAUGACGAAUAUGAUUAAGAGCAGUUCCUUGAAGAGGUAUUGCCGGAUGCUUUCCGUGGCUUUUCUAGAGCGGAAACUUAGUUUGUAAUGACGGAAAAUAUUCAAAAUUAAGAUUUCGGGGUGCUACUGACGUUACCAUAUUGUAUCUUGUUUAUUAUUAUAGAUAAAUAUAAAGAUACGUAAAUAAUUCAUUGAUAGCGAUAUUUUUUUUAAACGAGACAUUUCAUAAGCAUUUUAAGCAUCGACAAGAUAUAUUUUUGUAAUUAUUUUACUAUAUACGUUUAUAUCACAUGUAAUUUGUAACUGUAAUAUAAGAAAAAACAUAAGUUUGAUAUUAAAAUAUUUUCCAUUAUUUGGAAAAAAAAACAUCCAACAAACAAGAUCAACAUCCAACUGUAUUUUGUAUUUUAGGGUGUUGGUUCACGAAUAACAUUAUUGUUAAGAAACAUGUAUAUGAAUAAAGUUACAUUUAUUUUAGUAUAA